CGGCGAUGCGCGGGGCGGCGGCCGGGCGCUGAGGCUGCGGGCAGCGCCCAGCCGGGAGCAUGCUGAGCCCCAAGAUCCGGCAGGCCAGGAGAGGGCUGGAUGCAGGAGGUGGAGAUAUUCGUUCUGUGAGCUGUGGGCAAGACAAAAGGAAGAAAGAAAAACCUGCCCUGCGUUUGCAACAGAUGCUUUGAGCAGUCACUCGGAGCCCGGUCAAGGAGUUUGGUGAUGGGUGAACAGAUUGGGCCUCCCUCCAGACCAUCUUCUCCAAAUCCUCAGGAGCGUGUGCUCAAGUGUGGCUGGCUGAAGAAACAAAGGAGCAUUAUGAAGAAUUGGCAGCAGCGGUGGUUUGUGCUGCGUGGGGAUCAGCUCUUCUAUUAUAAGGAUGAAGAGGAAACUAAACCUCAGGGUUUGAUACUACUGCAAGGCAGUCAGGUGAACGAGCUGCCACCUAAUCCUGAUGAACCAGGGAAACAUCUCUUUGAAAUUACCCCAGGUGGUGCAGGGGACCGGGAAAAGAUGCCUGUCAAUCAUGAGGCUUUCCUGCUCAUGGCUAAUUCCCAGAAUGAAAUGGAAGAUUGGGUGAAAGCCAUCCGACGGGUUAUAUGGGCUCCAUUUGGUGGAGGUAUUGCAAAUAGCUCACAUGCACAUAAAUUAAAACAUUUGCCUCAAGGGAUCUUUGGACAGCGCUUGGAGGACACCGUACAGUACGAGCGGAAGUAUGGCCAGCGCUUGGCCCCGCUGCUGGUGGAACAGUGUGUGGAUUUUAUUCGGGAGCGAGGUCUUACAGAGGAGGGGCUCUUUCGGAUGCCUGGGCAAGCCAACCUUGUCAAGGACCUACAGGAUUCUUUUGAUUGCGGAGAGAAACCCCUUUUUGACAGCAACACAGAUGUUCACACUGUGGCGUCCCUCCUGAAGCUUUACCUUCGAGAGCUGCCAGAGCCUGUCAUCCCCUUUGCCAAAUACGAAGACUUUCUUUCUUGUGGACAGCUACUCUCAAAAGAUGAGGGAGAGGGUACCCAGGAACUGGUUAAACAGGUGAAGAAUUUGCCCCAAGCCAACUACAACCUCCUCAAAUACAUAUGCAAGUUCCUUGAUGAAGUUCAGGCUCACUCCAGCAUUAACAAGAUGAGUGUCCAGAACCUAGCUACAGUAUUUGGUCCAAACAUACUGCGGCCCAAAAUGGAGGAUCCCGUGACCAUGAUGGAAGGCACCUCGCUGGUUCAGCACCUGAUGACAGUACUGAUAAGUGAACAGGGGCGGAUCUUUGCUGUUCCUCAGGCGGAUGUGCCAGGGAGCCAGCUGGAAAUCAGACCUGUGCGCCAGCGCAGCACCGUCGAGUGGAUCUCCGAGGAGGAUGGGGACGACAGCAGGUCACAGAACAGCGCUGCCAGCCCCGCUGAUUUGCCUUCUGCCAAUGCUGUGGCUCUAGAGGCCACUCCAGGACCUGCAGUGAAAAUCACUCCUCCAGAGCACAGUGGCAAAUCGACUCAGCCGGCCACAAGUCCCAGUAAAAGAGUGCAGACGCUGCCUCCAUGGAAAUACUCCUUUCGCCAGCAGGGAGCACGGUCUGUGAGUCCAAAGCUGGGCAGCUCAUCCUUAGAUAUCCCCAACCUCUCCUCCAGCGGGAACUGGUUGAUGAACGGCUUGUACUCCCUCCGAGGCCAUCGCCGGACAGCCUCUGGGGAACGAGUGAAAGACUCGUGUUCCUCCCAGAGACUCUCCACUUAUGACAAUGUCCCUUCAUCCAGCCUGUCCCUCAGCACACACAGCAUGGCCAGCACCACCUGGUCUACGUCAUCCUGUGAGAUCUCCGUGAUGGACUCUGUGAGCAGCUGCCCAGCCUGCCGGGCCAGCGACUCUUCUACUUUAAGCUCCCUAAAAACCGAGUGGGUAACUCAAGGCUCGCUGUCUCAGAGUGAGGUCAAGACAGCAGAUCUGGAGAACAGCAUGGACAGGUUUGAAGCCUGCAGCAGCAGCAGCGAACAGAGUGACCCAGCUGCAGCUUCCCGAGACUCUGUCCAAUGCUCCAGGGCCUUACAGAGCUUGGUGGUGGAGUUAAAGACAGAACUGAGCAAACAGAGGACUGAGUAUGAGACUAGUAUCAAAAGAAUUGAAGAAACAAGUGCAGACCUGAGGAACCAAGUGGUUAGGUUAGAAGAAGAACUGGACCAAGAACGAAAGAAAUACACAAUGCUGGAGAUAAAGCUGAGGAAUUCUGAGCGCGCUCGUGAAGAUGCUGAGAAGAGAAAUUACCUCCUGCAGAAAGAAAUGGAAGAAUUUUUUUCAACACUAGGAUGUUUAACUGUUGGGAAUCAAAGUACUAAAGUCCUCAAGUAAAACAAGUAUAGAAAAUCCUGUUCCUCACAAAAUGAGUGAAAAUGCAUAUUUUGUUCUGGUGUACUCAUGUAUCAUGAGUAAUGCUAUAGUGAUUGUGCUCUCAGUGACACUUGCCCUGUUGUCUUUACAUGUGCUAUAGUAUUUGGGCCAGCUGGGAAAGACUGCUGACCACAAAGCUUUUGAAAAUUUAGUGUCAGAUUGCCAAGAAAGAGUGGGCUCCCUCUGUAUCCACAGAACAUGGGAUAAUCUUCUCCAGAGCAUCCUCAUGCCAUCUUUGGACUCAACUACACCAUCCUUUUGCUGGCUCAAGGACAGUGGAAGGUCCUGCAGGGUGCAUGGAUGGCCAGAACCAAUAAAUCUGAGCCUGGAGCUGAGGGAUUCCUGCACUUGUGUUUGGGAAAGGUGGCAGUUCCAGGCUGUCACCACAGCCCGGAGGUUCGUCAGAUGGAUUUAAUGAGGUGGUUUUCACCCCACUCCCUCCAUACAGUUUGUUCAAAUUUCUCAUUCCUAGAGUGGUAUUAUUUUAUGAAAAAUACUGUGAAAACAAGGUCUGCAAACACACUGAAGAGAUCAAAAUCUUGACAAUUCACUAAAAUUGUCCCUUACCCACCAAAUGGUUUCAGUGUUUCACAAAAAUGCAGAUUGAAAUUAAACUGUGAUUAAUAAUCAGAUUGGCUACAUAUACUCUGUGGAACGUUAAAUAUGCACAUUUUGCCCUAGGUAUCUGAGGUUUUUCUGAGCCAAAAGCAGAGCAGUAUUAGCUGCAAGGAAAAAAAAAAAAAAAAUCUCCUGAGUCGAUACAUGCAUUAAGGUAGAAGAUGGAAGAUUCUUAUCAUCAAAACACAUCCAAACUCUAAUAGCAAAACUUAUGUUCUUACAGGGAGAUGAGGGGACAGGAAGAAUACUGCAAACAACCCAUCAUCCCAAGUUCCUUACUUCUGCUAAGGAAAAAUCAUUAGAAUGAAGCUGUAAGUUCUGGUAAUUUGCUGCCAGGGCUUACUUUCCUUCCAAGUGAUUUCAAGAAGUUCUGCAUAGCAUUUGUAACACCCUGAGCCAUGCAGAGCUUGCACACAGAAAAUUGUUUCACUAGAUUGAAUUCCACCUGUGAGCCCAGCACUAUUCACUCUGUCUUUGACAUCCUGAGGUGUAGCUUGGGAGUCUCUCAAGAGAAAGAAUUUUAAGAAAAAAGUGCCACAACAACCUGAACUGGCUAAAGGGAAAGUAUAGACUGUAACAAAGAAGACUGCUUUAUUUUAAAUAUUUUGAAAAAGUGCCCUGAAUCUAAUUUCUUACUAGAGAAUACUAUGAAUAACUGUUUGGAAAUUACCUUAGAAUGGGUUUUCUACAUACUGGGAGCCAGUCAAUACUGAAAGCUAUACUUUCUCCUCAUCAUCUCACAGGUAUCUUGGUAUUUCAAUAUUUAAAACAUCUGGGAGUUAAUUUGUUUCUUCUGUACUGUAACACUUCUCCUUCCUAUAGAAAUGUAAAAAAAUAUAAACAAUUUAAAGCGAGCAAAACGUAGAAUUUUAACUUAAUCUUUCCUGGAUAAGAAACAUCAAGCAAGGUGGUACAGUAAGUCAUGUGGAUAGGUUCAUUCAGUUAUUUCAAAACAUUUUUCCUACUUCCCAGGCUCUCCAGAUGCCCUGGAUUCCUUACUGCCCGUGGCAUGAAGCAGGUACCUGCAUGCUCAGCAGCAGCUGCCUGCCACCUGCAGGCAUGAGCAUUAUCCCCAUCUUUUUUUACCACGUCUGCUUUGGAUUCAUUGCCAAUGAUCACAAGUGAUUCUUUAAGGAAUAAGAUGGCUAUUUAAAACAGCAACAUCAAAUGCAUAAUGUGAGAGAGAAGCAGUAACAGUGACUGAGCUGGAAGAGCACAGUGUGGCAGGUAGCUGGAGGAUAUCAGGUCAGUCAUCACAAAAUAAACCUUAAUACGGAAGUGGUCUGAACGAGGCUGUAAGUAGAACACCAGGACUGAUAAAAAGCAACAUUCAAUCCAAGUACUAGUACCAAGCAGGGUAUUUUAAUGCCUUCUUUUACUUCUACCCAAAACAUAGAAGCCUGUCACUGUAUCCAUCCUGACAGCCCACAUCGCCCUUACUAUUCACAUUGCAUUAUCUCCUGUAUGUAUCGAGUGCACACUGCUCCCUUUAAUUCACACUACAAACUCAAGAACUGCUAACUGGGAGACUAAAUACACCAGACAAGCAGUGAACAGGACUGCUGGUUAACUCCCUAAAGUAUUUACCCUUAGGUAACUGCUAACAUUGCAAACCCACCUAUCCCAAACCUGCACAUCCAGGACAGGAUCCUGAGAUCUACAGCACUACAUAAUCUGGUAUCCAUGAUAAAAUUCAUUCUUUUUAAUAUACAAAGAAACUCUAUCCACUCAAAAUGAGGAGUGAAAUAAACCAGUUCCACACUGGCUGUUGUGCUCCAGUAACAUCUAUGGCUCUUGUUCAUGAGGAAUAAAUUUCAGCUGCUUUUGAAGAUGAGCUAAUGCAGUAAAUAAAUCUGGCAAGAAGCUGCAAACAACCCAGUUCACACUAAAAUGCACUACAGUGGGAUGUUAACAUUAAGUGUGGCAACACAAUGAUAAUGCUAAAUUCCCGAUACGGGCAAUUACGCAAGAAAUGAGAUCCACUAGUACACAGCUUCAAAGAACACUAUGCCCUUAUGUGAGGAAGAUGCUACACCCUUUCCUAGCUUUAACUCCUGUUUCCAUAUUCUUCUGCACCAAUGCAUUUCCCCAUAGCAAACACUGGAGACUACUCCUUAUUUUGCAGACCUUUCACUCAUUACAGUCCCUGUUCUAAAUGUCAGCUUUCUUAGCAAGUAUAUUUUACAAGAUAUAGGUUUGGUUAUUAAUUAAACAUGACAGAAGGUUCCUAGAACAGAAAAAUUUUUACCACAGCUUCAUCUGUGCCAUCUUCCCAGCCUGGAAUAUCCCUUCCAGUAUUAUGCAGGCAAACUCCCCCCCCAAAAAACUAAACAGUAAAAUCUUUUAAGUGGAAAAAAACCCCAAAACAUACAAUCAUGUGCUUUAAAAAAAAGCAAAACAACACCACUUCAGAAUAACGAAGAAUAUUUUGGUAGGCCAUAGCAUUUCUAACACAAAAAGGAAAAUUAACAGGAACAACUUAAUGACGCAUCUACAUUCACAAGAGUUCCGCUGAAGCCACCAACAUUAUGGAAUGUUUCAGUCCUGAGCCACCAGGCAAAUCCUGGGCAGAGCUACAGCUCUCUCUGGCCUUCCUCUGUAACAACCUAUCACUGAAAACAGGCUGUACCUUAUGCUGACAUAUGCAAAUAAAGAAGAGCAUUUCUGAGUCCCACCACAUGUCUAGAAGAGCAUCCCACAAACAGCUGGCUGCACUGCGGUCACAGCGCCUUUCCCUUGAAACUGAACACAAAGGCACCAGCAGCACAGCUCAAGGGCAGCUGCAGUUGUUAAGGAAGCACCAAAACCCUGCUGGAAGUGAAGGCAAUGAAAUGCACUGUGUUGGGACUUACCUGUGGGAGAAGUGCCAGUGCUGUGAGUGGUCCUGGCAUCCAGGUCAGCUCUCCAGAAGUUGGAUCCUUCAGGCUUCUCCAAGAUGCAGUUUUGAGAGAUUCUGCCAUCCAUGAGGCUGCCCAUGGCUUACCUCCGUCAGCAGCACAAGCUCUCAGCAGCUGCAUUUCCAAGAAUGAAGGUGGCCAGAGCUGGCAGCAAGGAAGCAAGAAUGGAUUUCCACUGGUCGCCAAGACACUGAACGUGUGGCUGUUAACAGAGUGUGGCACAUCCAAAGUCCAUGGGAAUGGAGAAACGGAAAAAACACGUCACUUUACCCACAAGUGAGCUCACACACAAGACAGGACACUACCAUUAAAAAACAGAUGAAUUCUCAGGAAGGACUCACAAGUAGUUAGAUUUGAAGUGCAGCCCUAUUAUGCAAGCCACGUGAAACUCAUCAGAGCCUGGCAAUGAAGAAACACUAAUGCAUUGUGGUCAAACUUUUUUUUUUUUCCUUUUUUAUUUAAAAUAUCAUUAUAACCAACUGACAUACUAGAUAACAAUGUAUACAUUCCAGUGGUGCACAUGUAAUGGCAUGAAUGAGUUAAAAAAAACCCACAAUGUUCUCAGUAAUGCCCACCAACAGCUUAUUUGGAGGGAAAAAAGGAAAAGCAGGAAAAGGUAUUAAACGUGGGGAAGAAAAAAUUAGCUUUCCCCAGUAUUUUUAAUGGUGUAUCUUCCCCUUCAUAUUUCUUGGGACAUAAUAAAAUUAAGAAUAUACUUCAAAAAGGGCAGAAGGAAUGAUCACAAUAACUGGGGUGGGAAUUUUUUUUCUCAACUUUAGUAAUAAAAGUUAAAGAACUCUCAAAAAUAGACUAGAUAUUGGGCCUACAAAAGUAAUUCAUCUGUAUGCAAAGCUUACCAAGAAUUAUUCCUUUUGUAAAAUGUAAAGGAUGAGCUGACAUUACUAGUAAGCUAUUUUUACCCUACAAAACCAGACUACAAUAAUAAAAUCACCAAAUUACAGCUAACACAAUAAUCUAGAUGUACAUUACUGUACACAGGCUAUAUAUUACACAUGAACAUCUUACGUGAAAUAGAUAAGAAACAUACUGAUAUUGUCUCAACAUUGGCCAAUAGGUUUGUUUUUUAAAGGAGGUGUAUUUUCUAUUCACAUUCAGUGUAGUUCCAAUAGCAAGGGUUAGCUUUGCUUACUUAAGAAACAUAGAAAGUUUGUGUGAGGUAGUUCAAGAAAACCUAGCUUAAAUUUUGAACUGCAGAAGUAGAAACACAGUGUGAUCUGAUUCUUAACACAUUUCUGUGACACAGACAUACAAAGAGAAGGGAGUGAGAGAGACCAUUUAAAAUACAACUUUUAUCCAGUGCCCUUAACUAAGAAUAAAUUAAAUUAAUUGAAAAUUUGGGUAGGCAGUACAGUCUUAUCACACUGAUGCAAUAAAAACCUCUUUCCAAUCCUAUUGUAAAAUACAAGACAAGCUCUCCUUCAUCAACUGCACCAAACCACUGACAGGAAAAUAAAAUGUAACAGCAUGGACAAGCUGCUGCCAACAGCAAAUAAGAACAGAUCUAGAAACAAAUCCACUGCCUUCAGUAACUUGAAAGUGUAAGACCAAGUAUAAGCUGAACCUUCUUCUCCCUUUUUGUCAUAAUCUUUAUCAAGGAACAUUUGCUGUCAUACACUAUGGAUUACUGGCUGGGUAGGACAUCCUCCUGUAGGGGGUUUCUGACAUUUUUCUUCACACACUGCUGAGCUGAAUGCUCCAUCCAUCCAUCCAUCCAUCCAUCCAUCCGCUCCCCCGGAGCCCCGGCCCAGGUGCUCAGUGCUGGCCCCACCAAGCCCAGGCAGCAGGGCCCAAGUGGCACAGCUCGUGCUGGGGACACGGGACACCCCAGCACACCGCUGCUGCCGAUGCCGGUCCAGCUGGAACUCCUGCCCAGAAAGAUGCUGCUUGCAUCUCACAUUGUAAAAGGUCUUCAAAGCUAAAAGCCAAGCUUUGCCAAGCUUGGGCAGGGCAAAGGGCCAGGUCUGCUCAGCUGAGCAGUGACCCAGGGCUGAGCGUGCUCCAGCAGGGAGUUGUGCUUGGGCAGCACAGCUGCUCACACACAUGAACACAUCAGCUCCGACCCACUGUCUUGCAUCAACAAAACACUUCCCAGCACAGCAUCCCAGUACACCCUAAGGGUACUAAUUCCCCCUCAUCUCUACUUCAAAUUCUUGAACAACUUACUUCUGACAAAGGAAGUAGUUUACCCUUGCUGCAUGCCACAGCUCUUCCCAGAGAAGGCAGAAAUCAAUCCCGCUAUUACUGCCCAACUUUGAACCUCACCUGAGGUAAGAGAUCAGACAGCUCAUAGUAAUUCAAUUCAUAUCAACUCCCAGUGGAUUGGAAUGGCCUUAGAAAGUUGCAUGCACUUUAGUGAAGCCUGUUGUCUUGAGAAGAUUCCAAACCAAAGCCUAAAAUAAAACUUAACAAUACUUUAAAACUCUACAGUGUAUUGGACAGCACAUAACCUAACAAUAGACAAAGACAGCUGAAUUCCAGUUACCCAUUUGUUUGCUAUCUGUGGCAGUGUACAUCUAUCUGAAAAAAAAAAUAUAUUUCAACAAAUAAAAAGGGAAGUUAAGACUAGGAUGCUGUUGUGAUAAUCUGAUUACUAAAUAUAACUUUGUCUUUGAAAUUUGCCAUCACUUUAAUUUGCCUAAAAUGCAUGCAACUGAAAAAAAAGAAAAAGCAACAGACCUGUGAAGAUGGUGCCAAAAGUGAACUCUUGAUUUCCACAGGCAAAGCUCUGACCCUACUGAAACAAUCCCUUUAAGCACAGCUUGUUCACACGGCAAUGGGCUGCAGCGGGCAGUUCCACACAUUCACCAGCCUUGCCUUGAAAGAAGAGAAGCUCCAUUCUCCUCAGAGCUUAUGAGCUCAGUUCAGUUACUAUGUAUUUAGGACACUGGUAAGUGACAGCAAAAAAAUAUUUUUAAGUUUCAAAACAUUUCAAUCAUCAUUGAAAUCCAGUGGGGUCUAAAAUAAAUUUAAAUAGGAACUAUAUUUACCAAUUUGUUUUUAACAGCAUUGAGAGGCAUCAGAAGCUACUUUUGUCAGUCUUAACUUCAUUACACUGUGCUGACCACACUAUCAUUUGACCCUAUAUGACAACGUACUGUUGUUUGACCAAAAAUUUUGGCUUAAUUCACAGCUUCAACUUUGAUUAAAAAAUUACAAAAUAGACUGUUCUGUUGGUCUCUGUUCAAUGUUUUCUACAUUCCAGUGCUAGAUGAAUCCAAACUUGUCCUGCCUAUUCUGGGGUAAUAUACAGUUCGGCAGGAUCCUGCAAAAAUAAUUGCCUUAACAAAUGUGGCUUAGGAAGCAAUACUGAAACAUUAGAUACAAGUGAGGAAAGUAAAAUCACACACACAGCACUUACCAGCACUCUAACCAGGCCAGGAAAUCAACUGUGCAGUUUAUCAAUUUAGUUAUCUUUGAGACAUUACCAUUCCUUGCAACGCUGCAGGUUUUUUAAAAACACGUUAGAUAUUGACAUUACUAUCACUUCUGUUUUUCUGAAACUUAAUGCAAAGACAAAUUUUCCUCUUUCAGUUAAAACUUCAAAAAUAUGCUUAUUUAACCCAACAAGCAGAAGGAACCACACUGAAGACCACCAAUAACUCCUGGAUGACCUCUGUAGGCAGUUACAUUAUUUGCUUAUGCUCAGCGCCUGGCAAGACUUCUGUAUCUUUUAUGCCCAUUUUUUUGAGCUUUACUAAUUUAAAUUCCUCUUCACAUUCUAAUUCACUACACAAAAUAUGCAUCUACACAAGGCAAUUAAUUAUACAGCCUAGCUUCACUAAAAAUCUGCAUUUUCCAAAGAAAUAAAUUCUGAAUGAUUGUUUAACUCAUACAUAAACUUAAGUCAGUUAUACAUAAAUCAUUCUGUAAAUAUAAAAUGUAAACAGUUAAAAUACUUCUGUGAGGAGCAGCACCAUCUUACAUGACUAUUUAGUAGCUGUUCUAUAUAUCUCAAUAUAUCUUUUGUUUAAAAAGUGUAUUGAACCCUGAAGCUUCGUUGAUGAAAACUACUGAAUAUUUAUGACUUAAAAUGAACCACUGCUAAGAUUUCUGCUACACUGAUCUCAUGGUGAAAUGAAAGAGAUAAAUAUUAAUUUAUACAGCACUACUUCUCCCUCCUUUGGAUGGCAUAUAUUGCUCAAUUACUGCAUUAGCUACAGAAAUCCUGAGGUUCUCCUACCACUUCAUGGUUUUCAGCAAUCAGUGAGUUUUGGUGGAGAAAGAGUAGCUGAAGUUUUGCCCCUAUUGCAUCCAUGUCAUUCCCUCUCUGACCCAAAAAGCACUCAAAAAGCACUUGCCUCAGCAGACAAAACUAGUAAGAACCAGAACUCGCAAGAAUCACAUCUCACAUGAAAGUAUAGCUACAGCAUAUUCAUUUUGCCCUCUUGUCAGUCUAAACAUCCUGGAUACACUUCAUU